AGCCUGGUAGAAAGAGAAAGGUAACAGAUGAGAGACAGAGAAUUGAACAGGAAAUUAUUUUUCAGGUUGGCCUUGGCCUGAUGUAAUUGUGAAUUUGUUCUAUUAUUGUUCGGCUGAAGACUAAUUUGAAGCUGGGAAGAAGCUCUCGUCUCCCCGGAAUCAGACUUCUCAAGCGGCUCUUGUAAAUCUUGUACGAACAUAGCUUAAUUGCUUUCCAUUUUAUUUUUCAGUAGUGUUUACUUUCUUUUAUCAUGGCUUCCAAAGUCGCCGAAUACAAAGAUACUAUUGACAAAGCACUUCACGAUACCAAAAAACCGUGGACAGGAUGGCUUGCAUUGGCAGAAGAAAAGACAGGAGUGAAGAGGUUGUACCUAUUUUUAGGGCUCCUUGGUUUUUUGGCUAUAUAUCUGCUGUUUGGCUAUGCUGCGCAACUAUUGUGCAACACUAUUGGGUUCCUGUAUCCAGCGUACUGUUCCAUGAAGGCUAUAGAGUCACCACAGAAGGGAGACGACACAAAGUGGCUCACAUACUGGACAGUAUACGCCUUGCUCUCUAUCGUGGAGUAUCCCUCUGACCUCCUGCUCCACUGGUUCCCCUUCUACUGGCUUGUUAAGGCAAUCUUUUUCACCUGGUGUUUUUGGCCAACUGGCAGUAAUGGAUCUGUUCUGCUUUACGAGAAGGUAAUCCGUCCUCGAUUUUUGCAACACCAGGGUGAUGUAGAUGAUGCCAUCUCCAACAUUGCAGGAGCAGCAACAAAACUUGUCACUCAAAAAUUGAUCAGUGGAGACUCGUCUAAGCAAGAAUAGGAGGAAGCACUUUCUUGUAUAAUUAUUACACAAGUUGGCUGUCCAGUGCUUCUUGAAGGGAGCAAUCUCGUACCUUCGGCAUGUUUCACAAUGCACAAUGCAAUUUAUUUUGUAUACUUUGUUUAUAUUUAGCAGCGGAUCUAAAAGUCGCAUCUCAUGUUUGAUUGUUGAAUCUUUAGUGUUUUAUGACCUAUUGUGUAAUUAUUAAAAUUUUUAAUUAAAAUAUUUACAUCUAUCUAGUUUUUGAA